CGACCCGCCGCCGCGGGCCGAGGGCGCGGGCGCGGGGCCGCCGGAGGAGGCAGUCGCCGUCGCUGCCGCGGGCGCGGCGGCGAGGCACCGGGAGAGCUCGGCUGUCGCGGCGGUGGCGGCGCCCUUCUACGAGCCGGAGCUGGUCACGGUGAGGGCGGGCGACGAGGAGGUGGAGGUCGACAUGCGGGCCUGCGCCCCGCAGGCGGCGCUGUUCGAGUCCCUGCGCGCGCAGGCUCGCGGAGGCGCCGACGGCGCCGUCGUGCUCACGCUCCCGGGAGAGUUCCCUGGCGGGCCCCCGAUACUGAGGAACAUCGUGAAGUUCCUCGAGCUCACCGCCGCGGAGGAGCGCGCCGCGCGGGCGGCGGCCGGCGCCGUGCCUGGCCUCCCGCCCGGGCUGCUGACCGUGAACCCGAGCGCCUUCCGCCUCGAGUACGACGUGGACAACAUCUGCAGCUACCUGGAGGGCGCGGCGGCCCUGAGGUGCCCCCUGCUGCUGCGCGACUCGGUGCUCGCGCCCGCAGCCAGGGAGAUCUCCUCUCGCAGGGUGCUGGCGCUGCUGGAGCGCGUGAUCCAGUUCACUUCGGAGGCGGACCCGGACGGCCCCGACACGGGGGCGCCGGGCCUCGGCACCACGCUCGAGACCUUCGACGAGCGCGGCCGCCACAGGGUGCGGCCAGACGCCGGGGCGGCCGGGGACCUCGAGGAGGACUACGUGGCGCCGCCCGUGGUGGGCGACGAGGAGGAGGACGGCGACGGCGAGCACGGCGCCUCUCGUGCGCAGGUGGUCCAGGCGUUCUGCCAGGUCAUCCAGCGCCUGUGCGCGCGGCUAGACGCGGUGGACUUCCGGCUCACCGCGUCCCUGGCGAGAGGUCCCGUCUGGGCAUCCUUGGAGGUUCUGCGGGCCUUCCAGGUGAAGGUGGAGAAUCUUGGCAGGAUGAACUACGCGCUCCAGUCGGUCUCCUCCACGGUGAAGUCUUUCUUCUACGACGAAGCCAACACGUCGUCGCAGCAGCAGAAGCAGGACUGGAAGGAGCACCACUUCGCGCUCCACGUCUUCCGGAAACAGAUUAUCGAGUCGACGCUGUUCUCCAAGGACCCCACCGUCCGCAAGGCCGCGGAGGCGGCGAUGAUGGAGGAGCAAGAGCCCAUCAUCACGUUCAGCGACGACGAGAAGGAGGGGGGGAAGACGCCGCAGCACUUCGUGGACAAUGCCGAGGAAGACCUGCCCGAGGCCAUCAUCGACGGGGUGUCCGACGGCGUCCUCGCAGGGCUCGCGGGAUUCGUGCUGUACUGCGACCCCCUGCAGACGCCGCCGGCGCUCGCCGCGGGGAUGGUCAGGUCCCUGCUCCUGGUGAAGCAGGUCGACCGAGCGCGCAACCUCUUCACGGACGUGUUCGUCAGGUCGCGGAAGACCCAGGCGAUGGUCACCACGGGCGACAUCCCCGUGGACUUCCUGAGCAGCGUCAAGAGGCAUCGCGUCGCCUCCUUCGUGCUCCGCCGGCUGCUGGCCCGGUACGAGUCGCUGAACUGCGUGGACCUGUGCCACUUGCUGCACCACGUGCUCCUCGAGGAGUUCAGGGACGAGAAGCACUGCAUGGACCUGGUGCUGAAGAACGAGCUCACCCAGCUGACAUCGUCGUGUUCUGCAGGGUCAGCACCCGCGCGGCGGCUGCGUCCAGGGAGGCGGAGGGAGAGGGCGACGGCAGCGCCGUCGUGUCUGGGACCUCCGGCGUCGUGGAGUGGUUGAGGCUCAGGCGGGUGGGAGAGCAGCUGUUCGCGGCCACCUUCGUGAUCCACAACGGCCUCCUGCCCCUCACCGAGGACCAGGAGCCGCGCGAGGGCUCUGGCUGGCGGGCUGCGGAGUGCCCGUGGGACUCGGGGGACCUGGACCUGGACCUGCUGCGCCACGUGCCCGAGACCGAGGACGCCCUGCACCUCUCGCGGCGCGUGCUGCUCCGGGGCCUCGUGCGGCGGCAGCUGGCCGGCGUGGAGGACGACGUGCCGACGCUCGUGCGGCUGUGGGCCCUCGGGCGCUGGCCGCAGUGCCGCGACGCCGGGCUGGUCUCGGAGGCGUUCGGCUUCGUGAGCCUCUGCUGGCGGGCCCUGCGGUCCGCCAAGGCCUCGGCGCGCUGGCCCGUGGCCGGGGAGCAGGGUGCCGCAUGGCUGGCCGACGAGGAGAAUCUCUUCCAGAUGUUCUCCGACCUGGAGUUCUGGAGGCUGCAGCCGCGGGAGCUCCUGACGCCGUGGCUGCCGCCGCAGCUGCUGGCGUGCCACCUCGCGGCGAGGUGCCGGCUGCUGGACGAGCAGCAGAGGACCCUCUUCGACGACAACCGGAGCAACCUCAAGGAGGUCAACCGCCUCCGGCACACGGUGAGCCAGCUGUUCGCGAGGCUGGAGGUCGUGGACGCCCGCUCGCUGCAGAGCGUCCAGAAGCAGGCCGAGGUGGUGGACUACCUGCGGACGCAGCGCUGAGCUUGCGAAGGCUUCGGGCGCCGCGUGUCCUCCUCCUCCUCUGGGAGAAAAUUUGUUUAUUGCUUUUUCUUCAUCGUCCACAAUCCGCCUGUAGGGGGGCAUGCCCGACCUAAACUUAGGCGCAGCAGGAGCCUCGGCCCGUGCUCGGUCUGCCCUGCCAGGAGGAACUGCGGCACGAGCACAACCGCUUGGAGGCUCGCGCGGGUUUCGUGGAUCUCCGCUGGGCUGGGCGCCUCUUGUGGCUCCUCCACCGCUGCCCCUGGCGCGCGCGGAGGGCGGCCUGGCGGCGAUCCAGGAGAUCUGCGCGGACCUCCGUCAGUUUACGCUCGAUCAUGCCGUUUCUCUUUCUCCAUCCCAGGCGAGCGGCACAGGGGGAUGCUGAUAGGUCUGACGAUGCGAACUCGCUCCGCUGCCCCUACUUCACGUCCGCGCCGCCACUCCUGGCCUCGCGGCCUCUUUCUUCCAUAGGGCUGCCACACAGCCUCCGUGCUCGCCAAAUCGUGCGCACGGGUGACAUUGGAGAA